GUUGCGCAGGUCACGUGACACUACGUCUGUCAACAUUAGUGGGCAGGGAAGCAGCAGCUGGAUGUUCGCGAGCGGUGACCUGCAAUUAUUUAUAACACAUUUUGAAAUACAUGCGAGCAGUUUGUGCAUGUGCAACAGCCCCGGAUAACAACUUCACACAGUUUGCAACAUUUAGAAGAAAGCACGAGGUUUUUUUUAGCAUUACAAAAUGACUAGUUAGCUUCGGUGCUAGCUAGGUAAAUAGCAUAUCAGCCGCUGGCUCUCCUUUCAACUAUGGACGCUCGUCUGGCUGCAGGAUUCCACUCCUCAAUGGUUUACCUGCACUGUACAAGAUAAUAGAAUAAGUUGUGGCACUGGUUAGGUUUUUCAGUAGCUGCAUGACAAAGAUCUAACCGGUGUGUCCGUAACUAAUGUUAGCUUCCAGGUCGAGCAGGACAUGGUUCUUCCCUGCUACGUGGACCUUCUUCACCAGAUAUUGAUUUUUACAUUUUGAGUGUGCAGAGGAGCCGGAUACAGCUGUAAUAACCCUUCUUGAGCCACCACUUGACUUCUCUUAUAACAACACAGCCAUGGCUGUAGGGAUGCCAGAAGCAGGAUAAUGAGUCCGCGCCUGGAGGUGAGACGAUGCCACCAUCUUUCACUGAAGACAGUCCAGCUUAACAUAUCGAUUAGCUGACCAACAACUGCUGGAGAGGACGAGGGGAGCACACACACAUAUCUGUGUAUGAAGCUACCUCUGUCGGCUCUAUCAAUCAGUCUUGUCCAGCUCUUCUGUUAGUGGUGUCAAUAUGCAGUCCCAGCUCGGAGACAUGACUCUGGCAGGUCUAGGAGGAGCAGGGUCACCUGUUGUGUCCUUCACCAACACAUCGGUUCCCUCCAGCCCGACGCCAGGUACUGACACCCGAGGGUGCGAGAAUGGCGCCCUGAUGGACUCGUUUGGGAUUUUCCUGCAAGGUCUUCUCGCAGUCGUGGCUUUCAGCACCCUGAUGUUGAAACGCUUCAGAGAGCCGAAACACGAGAGGCGACCCUGGAAGAUUUGGUUCCUGGACACCUCAAAACAGGCUAUUGGGAUGUUGUUCAUCCACUUUGCCAACGUCUUCUUGUCAGACCUCACAGAGGAGGAUCCAUGCUCACUAUACCUCAUUAACUUCCUCUUGGAUGCUUCUCUGGGUAUGCUGAUAAUCUAUGCUGGGGUGAGAGCUGUCAGUGCGAUUGUAGAGUGGAGGCAGUGGGACUCUCUGCGUUUUGGAGAAUACGGAGAGCCAGUGCAGUGCACAGCAUGGUUGGGCCAGUGCGUCCUUUAUAUCCUCAUCAUGAUGUUUGAGAAGGUCCUUAUCAUGCUUGUCCUCCUCAUCCCUCAGUGGAAGAAGCUGGCCCUCCUCAACCCCAUACAGAAUCCUGACCUGGAGCUGGCCAUCGUUAUGCUCAUCGUCCCGUUCUUCAUUAACGCUCUCAUGUUCUGGGUGGUAGAUAAUUUUCUAAUGAAGAAACACAGGACAAAAGCAAAGAUAGAUGAGAGAGAGGAGGACUCUAGGGGGAACAGCAAGGUGCGCUACAGACGAGCUCUGUCCCAUGAUGACUCAGAGUCAGAGAUCCUUUUCUCUGCAGACGAUGAAAUGGAUGAGUCAGAUGAGGAUGAUGUUCGUCGGCUCACCGGCCUGAAGACAGUAAAGAAGAAGAAGCUUCGAAUGGGGAUCCCCCCAGGCGAGGUAAAGAAGAAGAAGCGUCCCCCAAUGAAGGAGGAGGACCUGAAAGGAGCCCGCAGUAAACUGGGACUGAAGGGCGAGGUCAAGAGUAAGACAUAUGAGGUCAUGGUGGAGUGUGAGCGAAUGGGCAAAACAGCUCCAUCUGUGUUCAGUGCAGUGAGGUCGGGGACAGAGACAGCCUUGAGCAAUCCUGCUGCUCCCAAAGCUCCUGGUGCAAGUGUGUUCAGCAAGUAGACACUCCCCAGGAAGAAACAACACAUGCUGAAGUCUUUCUGUUUCUUAAUCAAAGCUGAAUCUGCCUUACAUGGACUAAUGAAAGAGUGACACAUGUAAGAAUCAAUGUUUAAGAUAUAUAAAUAGGCUGGUUUUCAGCAAAAGGUUGAACCAUGUGAUGGAUUGCUCUUUUUUGUACUUUUUUUGAAUAA